UGGGGAAAUGUCUCAUCAUGCAAAGGGAAUGGCAUUACUUCCUUCGGUGAACAGGCUUUUGUGGUGUUACACAGGUUUUUCUCAAGGAAUCAGAAACUUGAGAGUGUUGUACUUAGUAAAAUGAACUUUGAAUCGUUUGUCAGAGAUCUUCUUUUGGUUUGUCACUACAGAGUUGAAGUUUAUAAGAAUAGGGCUGGCAGCAAAUCUACCAAAGAGAAUGACUGGUAUUUGGCAUACAAGGGCUCCCCGGGUAACCUUGCCCAGUUUGAGGAAAUUCUGUUUGGUAAUAAUGACAUGUCAACUGCCAUUGGAGUUGUGGGUGUGAAGUUGUCCGCUGCUGAGGGGCAAAGAAUAAUUGGAGUUGGGUAUGUUGACACAACACUGAGAAAGCUGGGUGUCUGCGAGUUUCCGGAUAACGACCAGUUCUCAAACCUGGAAGCUUUGCUAGUUCAGAUUGGUCCCAAGGAAUGUGUGUUUCCAGGAGGAGAGACAGUCGGAGACAUGGGAAAAGUGCGACAGAUCAUUCAGAGAGGAGGAAUCCUGAUUACUGAUAGAAAAAAGGCUGAAUUCACAACAAAAGAUAUUGUUCAAGACCUUAAUCGCUUACUGAAAUCAAAGAAGGAAGAACAGGUGACUAGUGCAGCAUUGCCAGAGAUGGAAAAGCAGGUUGCCAUUUCAUCCCUGUCGGCUGUUAUCAAGUAUUUGGAGCUGUUGUCAGAUGAAUCCAACUUUGGACAAUUUGAGCUGACUACUUUCGACCUCAGCCAAUAUAUGAUACUGGAUAAUGCAGCUGUCCGAGCCCUUAACCUUUUUCAGGGUUCCUCUGAAAAUGCCAACAGUACACAGUCUUUGGUUGGGUUGUUAAAUAAAUGCAGAACUCCUCAAGGACAACGACUGGUCAGUCAGUGGAUCAAGCAGCCACUUAUGGACAAGAACAGAAUAGAAGAAAGGUUAAAUUUGGUGGAGACCUUUGUGGUAGACACAGAGCUACGGCAGUCCCUUCAAGAAGACCUUCUGCGUCGUUUUCCAGACCUCAAUCGGCUAGCAAAGAAAUUUCAGAGACAAGCUGCAACCUUGCAAGAUUGUUACCGAAUGUAUCAAGCUAUUAACCAGCUGCCUAAUGUUGUUCAGGCACUGGAAAAACAUGAAGGAGUGCACCAGAUGUUGUUGUUGACAGUGUUUAUAACACCUCUUCAUGAUAUCUACUCUGAUUUCUCCAAGUUUCAGGAAAUGAUAGAAACAACUUUAGACAUGAGUAAGGUGGAAAACCAUGAAUUCCUUGUAAAGCCUUCUUUUGAUCCUAACCUGACAGAGUUGAGAGAGAAGAUGAACGAAAUAGAGGAGUCCAUGCAAUCUUGUCUUAAGACAGCAGCUAGAGAGCUAGGGUUGGAGGCUAGCAAGAGCAUCAAACUGGAGUCCAGUUCACAGUUAGGGCAUCACUUCCGAAUCACCUGCAAAGAAGAGAAAGUCCUCCGGAACAAUGCAAAAUAUAAAAUCUUAGACACCCAGAAGAAUGGUGUGAAAUUCACUAACAGUAAAUUGAGCUCCUUCAACGAAGAAUACUUAAAAUACAAAGAGGAGUAUGAAGAGGCCCAGGAUGCCAUUGUUAAAGAAAUCAUCAACAUUGCUUCAGGUUAUGCAGAGCCAAUACAGACAAUGAAUGAUGUGAUAGCUCAGUUAGAUGCUGUUGUCAGUUUUGCUCAUGUAUCAAGUGGAGCCCCUGUGCCAUACGUCCGCCCAGUCAUUUUGGAGAAGGGACAAGGACGGAUUGUGUUGAAAGGUUCCAGACACCCUUGUGUUGAAGUGCAAGAUGAUGUAGCAUUCAUUCCCAAUGAUGUCACCUUUGAGAAGGGCAAGCAGACGUUUCAUAUUAUUACUGGCCCUAAUAUGGGAGGGAAAUCUACAUACAUUCGCCAGACUGGAGUGAUAGUUCUUAUGGCCCAAAUUGGAUGCUUUGUACCGUGUGACUCGGCAGAAGUGACUAUUGUGGAUUGUAUCCUGGCUCGCGUAGGUGCAGGAGACAGUCAAUUAAAAGGAGUCUCUACUUUCAUGGCAGAGAUGUUAGAAACUGCUUCAAUUCUUAGGACUGCCACAGAAAAUUCUCUGAUAAUCAUUGAUGAGUUGGGAAGAGGAACUUCAACAUAUGAUGGAUUUGGGCUGGCCUGGGCAAUUUCAGAAUACAUUGCAAGCAAAAUUGAUGCCUUCUGCAUGUUUGCCACACAUUUUCAUGAACUGACAGCACUUGCGGGCCAAGUGCCAACUGUCAGUAAUCUGCAUGUCACAGCACUUACUGCUGACGACACACUGACUAUGCUUUACCGUGUCAAAAAAGGUGUUUGUGACCAGAGCUUUGGGAUACAUGUAGCAGAGCUUGUUGCUUUUCCAAAACAUGUAAUAGAGAGUGCAAAAGAGAAAGCUCUGGAGCUGGAGGAGUUCCAAAACAUUGGAGAGCCCGAGGAAUCUGAAGGAGAGCCAGCAGUGAAGAGAUGCUACCGAGAAAAACAGGAAGGUGAAAAAAUAAUUCAGGACUUUGUUUAUCAAGUGAAAGCAUUGCCGUUGACAGACAUGUCUGAGGAAGACAUCAAAACCAAACUGAAACAACUGAAAGCUGAAGUGCUGGCAAAGAAUAACAGUUUUGUAAAUGAAGUUAUUGCCCGAACAGAAGCCACUUCAUGAAAAAAGCUGAUUGAGACAUUUCAUUGAGAGUAUGUUUUAAAUUGCAAGAACUAUCAUUUUCUGUCUUGUAAGAUUUAGACGUUAUAAUACUUUGCAUUGAUCACUAGUGCAACUUUUUUCUCUCAGUGUGUAAAAUUUUGAAACUAUCAGAGUACAUACUGUACUGGCUUCAUAACUUAGUAAUGAUUAUCUGCAAUUUUUUUUCAAAAUUUUCAAUAAAAUUGUUUUCCUAAUGUUGGGAAAGUAUUAAUGCUACUUCAACAAAAAGCCAUAAAAUCUGACUGAAACAGGAUGUGCCAAACAAUGGAACUGUUCAAAUUACAUAUAGCGAAGUGUUGUAUAUGGUAAGAAAACCAUCUGCUCAGGUACAAAAUUGACACAUGUUCUUUUUCAGGAUUAUUUAUUGGUAAUAUUGCAUCUCCUGGUCCAAAAUGUUAAUAUAACUAUGUUAGUGCUAUGCUUAAAUUUUUUUUGAGGUAUUACCAUUUACUGACUUGAUAUAUAACUGAAACUAUUUUUUUAAAAGGUGAGGAGAGUUAACACUUGCUUGAACUAGACAUAGUGCAAGAAGUGCUCUGCCAGCCUUGCACACACUACUUCCUGUUCAGUGACAAACCUUCAUUGUCCAGAGACUGACAUUUGGGUGGUAGUUUUGUAAUAUGAACAACUAGUGACUAGGACAGUAACAACAGUCAGUUUUCACGUGUGUGUUGAAACAGAUUCAUGGAGGCUGAAGGGCCAAGACUAAUUCAUGUUAAUACACUCCAUGAGAGGUUUCAUAACAUAUCAAGAUGCAAGUUUGCGUGCAGUUCUUGCCUAAAUCUAGCACGUUCCUUGGUGGUGGUACAAUGCUUUAAUUAUAUAGUUAGAACUGUCAAUUUCAGAAGCUUUAUAGAAAAAAAAAGUGGCACUCUGUCUUUGAGACUACAAAACUAAAAUAAAAUUUAUGCUGCAGAUGACAGAGAUGAA